UUCCAGAAUGUACAUAUUCUCCACUACAACUUUCCAACACUUCGAAAAUUACAAACCUCUCUACUCUCUCUUCCCCUGAUUUAUUUUCCUUUAAGCAUCACAGCCCAUAAAAUGAAGCAAAAGGUGGUUAUCAAAUUAUCCUUGAACGGAAAUGAUCAUAAAUGUCGGUCCAAGGCCUUCAAGAUUGCUGUUUCUCAGCCAGGGGUAGAAUCAGCAGCAAUGCAUGGGGAUGAAAAGAACCAGUUAGAAGUCGUGGGUGAACAGAUUGACGCGGUGACACUGACAAGUUCGCUCAGGAAGAAUUUGGGGCAGGCGGAAUUGGUGAGUUUGGGCCCUGCUGGUGGUGGCGACAAGAAAGACGAAAAAGCUGGUUCAGAUACAAAGCCCGACACUGCAGCUUUUGUGACACUGCCGCAAGCCCCCUUAUAUCAUUAUACUUAUCCGCAUCAUUACCGUGUUUACCAAGUUACAGAUUCAUAUGAUCAACAAAACUUGUCCAUUAUGUAAACACAAAAAGGUGAUAUUAUCCUAUGUUGAACAGAGUGUAUAUUGGAGAUAUACUCUACAGAACUCAGUAGCAUUGGAAUUUCUGGACCGUUCAGAGAGCUUAA